AUGACCCUGGAGGCGGCCAUGGAGCUGCAGCGGCGGAGGCUGGCGGGCUUGGAGAGCUCUCUGCAGGACAGGCGCCAGGAGCAGUUCCAAGAAGACGAGGCGAGCCUGGCAAGGCUCUCUGAUGCGGAGGAGCUGCUCCGCGAGCGCACCAGGCUGGAGCAGGGGGCCUUCGAGGCGACCAGGACGCUGGAGGCUGCCGUGGGAGUGCAGCAGGAUCGGAUAGCGGACCUGGAGUGCCGUCUGCAGGUCGGGCGCCAGGAGGAGCUCCGACGCGAGGCGAGCCUCGCGGAGUUCGAGGCCGCCGCCCUGGCGGCCCGCCGGGAGGCGGAGGAGCUCGGGCUGGAGGUUCGCGAGCUGCGCGCCCUCGAAGGCCGCGCGCCUGCCUCGCGAGGGACCGGCCCGGCGCGCGAGGGGUGCUGGCAUGGGGGCCAGGCGGAGCGCCCGGAGGCGGAGGCCGAGCGGUCGAGCGGCCUGCUGGAGGGGAGGACGGCGCUGCUGGGGCAGCCGCAGGCCGAGGCCAGCGCCCUGCCCUGCGAGCUCGAGGGCCCGCGCGCGGGGGCGCAGGGGCGCGAGCCGCGGGAGGAGGCCCUCGUCGAGGCCACUCGCCCUCGCCUCGCCGCCGAGCCAGCGGCGGCCGACGAGGGCGCGCUGCUCUGCAGCGAGUUCGAGGCGCAGGUCGGGGCGCUACAGGAAGCCGCGCGGCGGCGCGGCGCGCAGCUGCGGCACGGCCAGGAAUCGCGGGCGACGCGUGUGCGGCACUGCACCAGCAGCACCUGGAGGACACGCCCGCUGAGCAUAGUCGCGUCGUCCAGGAGCUGCGGUGCGAGCUGGACCGGUGCGGUGCGCACGGCGUUCUGCAGCGGGCACGCCUGGAGUACCUGGAGGCCAUCCUGA